ACUCCGCCUUCCCCAGUUCUCCAGUUUGUUUUGCUUUUGCCGGUUCAGAGCCUGGAUCAUGUCUUGUUAGUGUUUGAAUACUCCCGUCUGCUCGCCUUUUGUUGGAAGAGAGUCGGUCUGAGGUUAAAACCAAGCGGGUGGAGUUAAAGCUGUUGUCUGGUCUACCUGCGCAGUGUGUUAGGUGCAGCAGAAGGGAUGCUGACUGACAUUCUACAGCGGUUCAGAACCUUGACGCUGAGUGUCAAGCCCCUAAGCCGCCUUCCUCACAUCUCAGACCUCGUCCUUGGCUCUCGUCUGUCACUUGGCGCUACUGUCACCGCCUCCGAGGUCCCCACCCUUUUCCAAGAGCCCUACAUCUUGUCUGGCUACCGUCCCGUUCAGCAAGACUGGCGCUGCUACCUCUUCAGCCUCUUUCAGCAACAUAACGAAUCUCUGAAUGUAUGGACUCACUUGCUCACAGUCCCUGUUCUCUUGAUUUCCUGGUGGGCCAAUGUAGGUGCCCUGGGGUACACCAUGGAUGCAGCUUCUCUACCUCUUAGCCUCUUUAUGGUGUCUGCACUUACAUACCUCUGCCUCAGUGUGGCAGCACACCUCCUGCAAUCUCACUCAGAGCGCGCACACUACUUCUUCUUCUUUAUGGACUAUGUAGGUGUAGCUGUGUACCAGUACGGUUGUUCACUUGGUCAUUAUUUCUACACAUCAGAGCCGACAUGGAGGGAAAUAGUUGGAUGGCUCUUUCUUCCUGGAGCUGCCCUACUUGCGUGGCUCUCCUGUGCCGGCUGCUGCUUUGCUAAGUACAAGUACAGGCGGCCGUAUCCGGUGCAGCGUAAAAUCUGCCAGCUGAUCCCCACCAGCAUGGCCUACGUGUUGGAUAUCAGCCCCGUGGCCCACCGCCUGCUCACCGUCUCAUGGACUCAUGAGUCUUCCCUGACCUUUCACGCCCUACAGAUUGCCUCUUUCCUGUUGGCCGCCUUCUUCUUUUCCUGUCCAGUCCCCGAGCGCUUCUUUCCAGGCCGCUGUGACUUUGUGGGCCAGGGUCACCAGGCCUUCCACGUGUUUCUGUCCAUGUGCACCUUGUUACAGCUGGAAGCUCUUUUCCGGGACUACGCCAGACGGCGGGAGACGGUGGUGGAGGUUUUUGGGGAGCGGCAGCUGUGGUGGGGGUGUGCAACCUUCCCUGUUCUGCUUAUGUGUUGCUUCCUGACAGCACUUCUCACCAUGAGGUACACAGACAAGAAGCUGCAAGAGCAAAAUGAUAAAAACCUGUAGGAAGUUUACUGAGAAAAAAACACUCUUUUAUGAUUUAAUUGUUUAUUAUUAUGCAAAUGUUGUGAUUACUUUAAACAUUUAAAUAAUAAAACUAAG